AUGUUUGAAGCCCGUUUAUUACAAGCAUCACUUCUUAAGAAGAUUUUAGAAAGUAUCAAAGAUUUAGUAGAGUCAGCCAACUUUGAUUGUAGUCCAGAAGGUAUCUCAUUACAAGCUAUGGAUGGUACUCAUGUCACUUUAAUCAAUUUAGUUUUACGUAAUGAAGGUUUUGAAACUUACAACUGUGACAGAUCAUUAUCCCUCGGUUUAAGUCUAGUUUCACUCUCAAAGAUUCUCAAAUGUGCUGGUAAUGAUGAUACCCUCACCAUUAGAGCUCGUGAUAAUGAAUCUGAUACCGUUACUUUUGUUUUCGAAUCACCAAAGAAUGAUAGAGUUAGUGAUUUUGAAAUUAAAUUAAUCGAUAUUAAGAAUGAACAAUAUAGUAUCCGUAAAUCAGAUUACUCUGCAGUUAUUAAGAUGCCAUCAGCUGAACUCCAAAGAAUUUGUAGAGAUCUCUCCAUCAUUGGUGAAAUUGUUACCAUUAGUGCCAAUAAAGAAGGUGUUAAAUUCUCUGUUUCAGGUGAUUCAGGUUCUGGUAACAUUACCAUUAAACCAACCUCUGACUCUGAUGUCCCAGCCGAACAAGCUACCGUCAUUGAAUCAAAAGAACCAGUCGUCCUUAACUUUGCCUUAAAAUUCCUUUCAAACUUUACCAAAGCUACUCCACUCUCACCAAUGGUUACUCUUUCAAUGUCUGAAGGUAUCCCAGUUGUUGUUGAAUACAAAAUAGACGAUUUAGGCUUUUUAGGAUUCUUCCUUGCACCUAAAAUUGAAUAA